AUGCACCGUCUAGCAAUGAGGACAUGUUUGGCGAUAAUGGUUUUGCUAUUUGGGACAAGCCUCUUCAGCAACGCCUCGGCCAGUUUCACAGACGACACCUGUAGAGGCAGAAUGGGCAAUCGUGAGAUCUACAAGAAAGUUGAUCGUGUAUGUGAAGACUGCACUAAUAUCUUCCGAUUGCCAGGGUUGGAAGGCUUGUGUAGAGAUCGGUGCUUCUACAACGAAUGGUUUCUGCUUUGUCUGAAGGCUGCCAACAGAGGGGACGAGAUCGACAAUUUUAGAGUGUGGAUAAGUAUUCUGAACGCCUGAAAAGGGGGGUGAACCCUGAAGGACUCAAUCCCUGUCUCACUCACAUGGGUUAACAUUCACGGCACUCGGCGACCAAGGAUAAUCUUCAUUACAAAUCUUAACCUAGUUUAGUUUGGUUUUCUGUUCU